ACCUUCCCUUUUGGGCCACCCGCCAUUCGCGAUCUUAAAACCCAGUCGCAGCCUACGAAACGUGUCUUUUCCCCCGCCUCCAUUCUUUGCUGGCCGUCCAUGUCGUUCCCCGUCGCCAGCACUUAUAUUUCCCACCUUCAAGCAAUAUCACCCUCUCUUUUCUUCGCUGUUCCCCUUGCAGCCGUUGUCCUCUUCUUCUUCGCAAUAUCACGUUCCCUUGCGCACAACAGGCGUCGCGCCUCCUCCUCUAUCCAUGUCUACACCAGCCGACAGAAACGACGCGUCGCACUUGCGUUCCUAGUCGUAUUCUCUCUGGCGCUCCUCGCCAUCUUGGCAGGCUCCAUCUCCUUCUUUCGCGAUCGAACGCCCUCUCUACCUGUUUCCGUACUGUAUGCGUUCGUGUCUGCCACUCUUUAUCUCGAGUUGAUGGGCGCGAUUCUGUACUUAUUUUCUGUGGUCACAAAUCUCCGUUCGGCCCAUCCGGUUUUUUUGUCCCUAUUGUAUUAUUUUUGCCAUACUUUUAAUGUCUGGUGGGUGGUCCCAGUGCAAUCCACCGCGGGUGCUGAUGAUCACGUUGAAGCUACCUUGACCUCGAUCGUCGGCUCGUUCAAGCCCGUCCCACUUCUAAUCGCUCCCGUUUUGUAUCUCGUCGCGAUCAUUCUCGCCGUUCCCAUCCUGGUGCUGGGGCACCUAUCCGGUCUCAACAUUUCUGGAGCAUGUUUGGCACCACAGAUUGUCCUGUCAUCACCAUCUUCAUAUCCGCGAUCGUCGUCGGAGAAACCUCGAAUAUUCGCUGACAUUCCCCUUGAAGUCGAGACUUUGGCUCUUUCAUCGCCUGCUCCUCGUAGCAUUUCGGUUUGUGUCGCGUUCGGACAUGUAUCAGCCGUGCUCCAUCUGUGCUUGGAAAUCGCAGCCGCUGUACACUCGAUGCCAGAAUCUUUGAUUUUCAGGAUUGUGGGCAAUGCAUUUUUGGUGUUAUGGACAAUCUGCACUAUCGCCGCAUUCUUCCAGUUUUUCCUACUCGUGCACCACUCUUCGAGAUCUACGGAAUCGUCCAUUCACACCUCGACGAUGCUCACAACGGCAUCAGAAGCAACUGCGUUCAUACCAACCCCACCGCGUGGUCAUCAGGCCAAGUCGGGAUCCCGUUCAUCCUCUUUUUCGUCGCCACGGCCCCAGCGGAAGCCCAUACCAAGCGCCCAACUCUUUCGCUCAAUCAGUCCCGGAACAGAGGACUGUCAGAAUCUAAAAGACCCUUUUGCGACCCCACCUUCGUCGAUCCGAAUCAGCCACGUUCCCAGCUCUGAGGAGGGACAUCGUCCCACACGGCUGAGUGCCUGGGGAUCUCUCCCGUUGACGCCGCCGAUUGCGCUGCCCAGAACAAGAACACGUGUCCGCGUCCCACCCAAGUUCUCUGGGCGACGUCCGCUGCAGCCUUCCAAAUCGGACCGAGCGUUGUUCAGCAGCUCGCCACCGGCAGACGGCUACGACCGGCGAUUGACGUCGAGGAAGCUCUACUCGCCCAACAAUUGCUGAGGCGAUUGGACGCAGCCGGUGCUGGCACUGGCCCGAAGACGCGACAAUUCUAGGGAUUUUAAUUGGGAAUAAUUUUGCUUGUUUCACUGUAGCUCGUAUGUACUACUGUAUGUUGUACGUUUACCACCUUGUAGUCAAUAAUUUGAAAACACUCGCAUUAGCGUUUAGAACAUAGAUAUCAACUUUUUCACAUUGAGAUUGUACGAUACACGAGUUACAAGCCGGGAGCACCAAAAUGACUCUGCGCAUUGGCCCAGAUUGAGUUGAGCACAAACGCCUCACUCAAAAGCAUCUCGAUCUCAUGGUCUCCCCAGGUUUGGGUCGGCAGCGACUGCAAGAACAUGAUGAUGCCCUGGAAGUCCAUCUGGCGCAGUUUCUCACUCCACUUGACAAGGAAGGCCGAGCAGACAUAGAGGUGGAACUGCGAGAAAGCAUCCGGUCCUUCUGCCUAGUCCACCAUUAGACCAUAGCCGCGUGUCAAAGCACCGGACUGACCAAGUAAGUGUCCCACAUCCUAACCGUGUUCCGCACGCUGAUCUCGCGCAUUAGAAGACAAUUCAUCCACCGGAAGGCAAAUUGCAUGAAUUCCACUCCUUCCGUUGCCAAGUGCGUCGAGAGGGGCGCAUCAAUUCGAGCGACAAGCUCUGACAUGCGUCGAACACUACGUUGGAUGCCGGGCUGGGCACUGAUGUAGUUGUCUUGGAUGCCGUCCAGAAGCCUGCUGAGACACCAAAAUGCAUCCGCCUCCACAGCUUCCAAUGCGCUCUGGGGGAGGAUUGCUGGGUCAAACAGUUCCGGAUCUGAAUCAACAUAUGCGGAAAGAAACACCUGCACAAACGGUGUAACGAGAUCAUUGAUCCCCUGCACAUAACCGCUGGCAGGAUGUCGGAUCGCCCAAACGUAUAGCACCCGUUCCAGGAGACGUUGCGUGGCAGCAUGCAUCCAUAAACGCACCCCAGGACGUGUGCGCGGGACGUCGAUCUCAAUUUGAUGCCAUAUUUGCUGGUCUAGACCUUCUCGAUUGCGCGCGAACGCGACUUCGACAAGAGAUUGAUAUUCUGAACGCUUCCGGGCCAAAGUAACUGCGCGUAGCGGGGUGGGGAGAGGGAGAUAGCCCAGCAAGAGUUGCCAGGCCAUAGGUCGGAAG